AUGGACAUUUUUGCAGAACAAAUCAAUCGCAUCAAGAAACAACUCAAUGAAUCGCAUGAAACGGUCACUCUAACGAAACAGCUGGUCGAAAAAUACCUGGACUCGCUCAACUGGAUCUCUACACGCAUGCCGUGGAGCGACGCCUUGUUCUGGAACGAUGAUUCCGUCACACUUGACCUUGACGAGAAGGAGGAGCAGCCUCCACUAGAGGAAAAAGUACAGGAAUGCGCAAAUGACGCCAAUGGUACACUGGAUGGUACGUUUUACACGCCAUGCACAAAUUGGAUAGGCGCCGUGAAUGCGUUUUCGAGGGAAACGGCACACGGACUCGCUAAUCUCCUGACCGAGAUUAAAGGAACGCGCACCAAGACAAGUCUCCUCUCGAAGGUAAUCACGGAACAGAGCAAGAGUCUGGAGCAAAUCAGUUCAUCUGCACAGGCGCUCCAGGAACGCAUUGUAAACGUAAACAACAUGUUGAACUCUAAAAGUUAA